AUGGCCCAUCCCCAGAGUACACAAACAGCUGUAAAAGAUAUCGGUGGAACUAUAGAAAUGAAUUGUUCAGUUUUCAAUGCUAGCAGAUUUCCUGUCGCAUGGCUUAAAUUUGAGAAAGAAGAUCCUACUAAAACUGUUGUUCUAUCAAUUGGUAAUAAUCUUAUUGUUAGAGAUUCAAGAUUUUCAUUAGGAGUUUUCAUUGGAACCGAAAGCAGUAGUCGAACAUUUAAGAUUACGAAUAUACAUAAUAACGAUGUAGCUUUAUAUCGCUGUGUAGUGAUGUGUGAUGAUGUCGACGGCGACACCAAUACAUCUGCAGAUGUUCAGUUAGAAGUCAAUCGGUCUCCGGUCAUUUUAAAAUUGUCUUCGUCUUCCACCAUAAUGAUCGCGAGAGAAGGUCUACCGUCGAGACUAGAAUGUUAUGCUGACGGAUUUCCUGAACCAAGGGUUUCCUGGAGUCGACAAUAUAAUGGAAUUUUAACUACGGGAGGACAGUUUUAUAGAGGUAAUGUCUUACACUUUCGUAACGUAACAAAAGAUGACCGUGGAAUUUAUCUCUGCGAUGCGGUGAAUAGUGUUGGCGAAGGUGUACGGCACAUUGUCGACUUUCGUGUAGAAUUUGCCCCAGUCAUAACGGCUUCGAAAAUUAUGUAUACUCACAGUGAUCCUUUGAAGCAAGACAUGGAUGUCCAAUGUCUUGUAGAAGCUUAUCCAGCUCCGAAAAUUGAUUGGCUAUAUAAUGGAGUUAUACUAAUCGGCGAUAACAACAAAAGAUUCAGAAUUAUGGAAAAGACCACUGAACACCAGCUUACCUUUUCGUCUUUAAAUUUUAACGAAAUUGAUUAUGAUCGAUACGGAAAGUACACAUGUAAAGCUCGGAACACAAUUGGUACAGCUGAAGUCACAGUUAUUGAAACACCAUGCCAAAAACCAAAGUGUGAUACUAAACGCAUUCGUCCGGAGCAUAUACCAAAUUUCUACGGUUUACCUUUUGAAUAAUAAUUAUACUUGGCAUUGAUAAUAA